AUGGUAUUCUCCUGUGACGCUCUUAUUUGGCCAAUUUUUUCAGUGUGUUACGUUAUUGCUAUGCUUUCAGUUUUCCUGUCUUCUUUCGAAUCAUUCAUUGUCAAUGAUGUCCACCCACUUAAAUUUAACAGCUCGCCACCACUGGCUAAACGUGUGGUUUUCAUCACAAUCGAUGGCUUAGGAGAACAUAUUUUGAGGAGGACUAAGCACAAAUACGUGAAGUUUUUGACGUGGAUGGUUAAAUGCACAUUAGGAUUAGGACGAAUGAUGGCUUCAGCAAUAUUUCUUCUUGCAGUAGCUUCAGUGAUGGAACAUGGGACUGUUUCUCCAAUGUAUUCUUACAUUUUAAAAAGAGUACUAAACAUGUUCGUGAAAACUAAAUCUCUAAUAGAAACAAGCUUUUUUAACCCCUUUACUAUUGUAUUUUCGAGUUUGUCUAAACUAAAAGUCGAGCAUGGGAUAGAGAACUACAAACACCAAAGCACUUUUCCCUCCUUAUUUUCAGACUAUAAUGAAGAACCAAACUAUCGAGAAAUGAUUACCCUCAACUUCGGUUGCAUCGUGUGCGAAUUUUUUCUUGGUGAUUAUGCUACAGCCGGACGGAGACUCCUGGCCAAAUUAUUUAAAUCCACAGGGCCUCAAAGAAGGCAUAUUUUGCGUCUCCCUCUCGCAAUCCUUCAGGCCUUUUUAAUAGUAAUCUUGUCUUUUGAAAAAAGGUUUUCAAGUUCUGUUUGUACUUUUACUCGCUCUAUUUUGGUUCAUAUUCAACCGUCAGAUCGGUGCUGUGAAGGCAAGUUUAAUUCCUCAGAGAGCUCACAUUCACACUCCAAAUUAAAGUUUUUUUUUAUGCUUCAUGCAGACAGUAGUAUAGCUGUCAUACCUUACAAAUUAAUUUGUAAAUGUAAAAAAGUUAAAGAAGUUGACCUCUUAGGAUGUCAAAAAAGUGCCAUAUUUGGCAUCAAAAAUGACUUAAAGUAUGGACUCAUUUUUUUUAGUGAUCAUGAAUUUUGGCGCUAUUUAAAAAAAAACCUAAACGAAUUGCAUCAUCAGUUUUCUUUUGCACAUUUUGAAAUAAAUAGUCCUGCCAUCAUACUUACUGACUGUUUCAUUAAAAGUGUUGAGAGCUUUUUGCCUAUUAUAAUAAUUAACUUGCUUGCUUUGGUUUGUUCCAUCGCAAAUUCUGUUUUAACACUUAAGUUUGAAUUGUGGAUUUUGAAGAGGAUGAUCAUCCCGUAUUUCCAGAAUUCUUUGCGAUGUAAGACAGACUGCUAUUCAUACAUAAAGAUUUCAAUUCAAAUACCUUUCAACAAUACUAUGAGCUUCUUUCCAGUAAAUCUGCUUUCAAAUACAACAACAUAUUUUAAUUUGACAAUACUGCUCACGCUCAAAUUUUCUGUUUUCACCUAUAGAUAA